GUUUCACCACACCGGAAUGGAGCCGCAAUCGGCCCCUGGUGACGAUGGCGUGGCCCUACUGCCGAUCCCCGACUGGAUGAAGGCCCGGGCGCGGGUUGUCAGUACGCAGAAUGUCCACUGGCAAAAGCCUGCGGCGUACCACAGCAGUGCCACGCACCCGUUGCGCCAGUCGCUCUCGUCAGCGACUCUCAAACCCCCUGCGAAACUGACCCCGCUACCGAUAGACAACAACCAGCACGACGAUGCACAUUCCAGGCAUCACAAUCAGCAUUUUCAGUCCCACCAACCACAUGUACUCCUCCCGUUUGAGCCGCCAUCGCCCUGUCUCGUUUUGCCGUCCAUUCAAAAGUCAAUUAGUUGUCCACCGCUGCCAACAGUGCCUACCCGUCCUGCCACGCCUCCACCACUCAACGUCUUUGCUCCCACACCUUCUGCUCUGCCCACGUUUUUGCACGAGCCAGGCGUCGACAACACCCACCGAACAGUGACGCCGCAAAGUUCGCGCUCUAUCCAUACGCCACCGCUCACACGCGCUCGCACCCCUCCACGUAGCGGCGACUCUGCGAACCGCUGUAUUCCAAUGCGACAGUCCAUGGAGUCAAACAAAUCGACGAAUAAGUGGAGAACAAGAGCGAUUGCGAAUCCGUUUGCCAAGCGGAAACCUGCCGCGGCAUCCAACAACGUCGAUCGACCUCCAGCGACACCACCCGAAGAGGAGCAGCAUCCUCAUAACCAACAGUCUACGAUCAAGCCAACGACCGUCGUAAAAAAAUCGACGUUUCGAAUGCAAGCUGCGCCUACUAGCACGUCCGCCACGGCUCCCUUUAGAGCCACUACCAACCAAGACGAUGCAGACGAUGCGAGCGGCGGACAAAGGGACGAAGACAUUUCCGCGAGGGAUUCCCCAAAUGAAGCAGUGAUGUCGGCGACCAGCUCAGCGACCCACCAACCUUAUGGAAAAAUGCAACACAGUCCAAAACCACCGACUCAUCCCCAACAGCCCCUUCAGCUGCCGAGGACGCCACCCCCUCGACCGCAACAGCGGCACAGCCCCCCGAAAGAACAGCUCUUUUCGUCACCACCAUCGCCAACGUGGAGCUCUGACCUCCCUCCAAAACCAAAAACCAAGGCAGCGCCAAAACCAAAAGGCAAAAUGUCGUCGUGUGUGGGGGCGUUGGCGGAAAUCCAACGGAAGCGUGAGGAGCGGCGGGCGAUGCAAAUGCAAGAAAAGCAGCGAAAAGAGGACGAAGUCAAGGAGCACGGCGAUGACACGGGCCACAAAUUCCGUCGCCUCAUCAAGGUAUUUCGGGAUGGGAUGAAAGCGCCCAAGAAACAAACAGACGAGCCGCGAACGACGUCGAGCAAACUAUCUGUCUUUGUGCGCAAGCGCCCGUUGAGCAAAAAGGAGCUUUCCCACAAAGGCUACGACGUGAUCACGUGUGCCCGCAACACACAGCUUUACUGCCACGAGCCCAAAUUUAAAGUCGACAUGAGCGCGUCGUUGGUGAACCACUUGUUUUCGUUUGACGGGGUAUUUGACGACCAAGCGGACAAUGGCGCCGUGUACAACCAAUCUGUCGGCCCGCUCAUCCCGCUUCUCAUGAACGACGGCAUCUUGACGGUGUUUGCGUACGGCCAAACCGGGUCCGGCAAGACGUAUACCAUGAAGUCGGUGUACCGCCAAGCCGCGGCAGACUUGUUUCGCCACGUGGCCACUUUGUCCGGGCCGACAACGACUGUCGGCGUGAGCUUCUACGACAUUUACAAGAACCAUGUGUGCGACUUGCUGAACGACCGGAAGAAAAUUCACGCGCUCGAAGACAACGAUGGCGUGGUGCAGUUGCUUGGCGUGUCGGAAGUUGCCAUCACGUCCGACACGAUGCUGACCGACCUGGUCGAAAAGGGCGAAGCGUCGCGGAUUACUAGCAUCAACGGCGUGCACGACGACUCGUCGCGGUCACAUGCAAUCUUGCGAGUGACGUUGUACACCGACGCGACAGUCGGGCAUCAAACGAUCACGGGCGGGACAGCGAAAGGACGGCUGUCCAUGGUGGACUUGGCGGGCAGUGAACGGGCAUGUGAGACGCAAACGGACGACAAAUCGACUCGAAUGGAAGGCGCCGAGAUCAACAAGAGUCUUCUGGCACUGAAAGAGUGCAUUCGAGCCAUGGAUAUGGGAGCCAAGCACGUUCCGUUCCGUCAAAGCAAGCUGACCCAAAUCCUCCGCGAUAGCUUCAUGUGUGACACGUCCCGGACGGUCAUGAUUGCGACCAUCUCGCCGUGCUCCGAACACUCCAACCACACGCUCAACACGCUUCGGUAUGCCGACCGGCUCAAGGAAAUUCAUGGGCGUGGCGCGGACGACUGCUAGGACGUACGGAUUGUAGGCUAGUUGCAAGGAUGAGUUGCAAACGCGACAGACUUCUGUCGCCAAUCCAUACUAUUACAGCUCAUCUUUGGUUGUGCGAUGUCGAGCCGCGGUGUCCAGGGACGAACACGCGUGCGGCGGUGACAGGAAGCAUGUGCGGCGCGUUGGCUCAAGUACUCGAAAUGACGUGAAGUGAUACCGAAUCUUGGUCGACUCGUACACGUGCACAAGAGUGUUGGGGUCGGCCGACUCGAUCCAUGCCUGCAUGGCAGCCCCAUGCUGUCCACGGCAUCUCACUUCACCCACAAGACUAUUCUGCCCAUCAAGACUUGACGUUAUAUAUUGAGGUUC